AUGUUGCUCGUCGCCCCCUUUCUCUCUUUCUUCUUCGCAUUCCUUCUACAUGUUGUCAAUGCUGAAAAUGUCUACAAUUCUAGUGAGGCCUAUUCUGCAGGCGAAUUAGGCCAAACGCCUUCUCAAUCUUUCUAUUCAUCUAAUUACACGCCUGCUGCUUGGAAUUGGGUCGUCGAGUCUAAUGACACUGCCAACAUUCCCUCCGGUUACUUGUUCAUGGCCCUCCAGGGUGACGAUACUGUACAACCCGGUGCAGUCAUAUACGACAGUUCUGGCGAGCUCGUGUGGUCUGGCGCCGAUUAUGGCGCCGUCACAUCCUUCCGGGUAGUCUCUUACCUCGAUGCACCACAUAUACUAAUGUGGCAAGGGAACACAACGAGACAGGGUAUUGGUUCUGUGUUGUUGAUUGACCAGAACUACUCAAUAGUUAAUAAUAUUACCGCAGGACUAUCGAUCUUCCUGGGAACUAUACUGAUUGUAACGAAGCGGGCCGAAUUUACUUCUAAUGACACAACAUUGACUGCCGCUUAUCGCGCCGUCAAUAUGAAUCUUACUACAUACGGAGGGCCCGAAAAUGGCUGGCUCUAUGACUCUGUCGCACAAGAAGUCAGCAUUGAUACAGGUGUAACAAUAUGGAACUGGAGUGCGAUCGAUCACGUCGAUGCGAGACUAUGCUAUUCCAGUAUCGGCGACCAUGAUUCAUCAGAGGACGAUCCUUGGAACUUCUUCGACCUCAAUUCCAUUGAGAAAGACAAUUCAUCCAACUAUCUCAUAUCCUCCAGGUAUUGCAGUGCAAUUUAUUACGUCUCUGGCUCUUCGGGUGAAGUACUCUGGCAAGUUGGGGGCGCCAAUUCCUCAUUCACUAUGGGAAACGGGACACAAUUCUUCUACCAGCAUGACGCACGAUGGAAUGAUGGGCAGCAGACACAAAUUUCACUCUUUGACAAUGGUGGUACUGACCUCGUCACCAACGAAACCACCUCCCGUGGUCUCAUUAUCCAGCUGAACUUUGAUUCAUGGACGGUUGAGCUGGUACAAGAAUUCCUGCCAUACACGAGCCAAGUAUCAGAAGAUCAAGGGAGCAUACAGGUGCAAUCGAAUGGAAACGUUCUUAUGGGGUAUGUGGUUUAA